AUGGCGUCCAGGUCCACGGCAAUGGGCAUGACCCUCGGUGCCAUGGGUGCUGCUUCGCUGGUGGGAACGGCAUUUGUGGCCCCGACGGCGCCCUCGGCAGCUCCGGCCCUAAGGGGCUCAGGGGCCGCAUCGGGCCAGGGAGCAAGCGGAAUCCAGGCAGCAGCCGCCUCCGCCGUUGCCUCCGCAGCCCUGGCGCUUGCAGCAGGAAGCCGCCGCGCAGCGCGCAACGUUAGCAGCGCCCGUCUGGCAGAGGCCACCGGCACCACCAGCGAGAAGCCCUUCGCCGGCGGGCUCAUUGGCGGUGAGAGCGCUUUUGCGGGCCAGGAUUUCAACUUUGACCCGCUGGGCCUCUCCGUGAAGUGCGAGAAAUACCUGCCUUGGUUCCGUGAGUCGGAGUUGAAGCACGGUCGCAUUGCAAUGCUGGCUUGGGUUGGCUUGGUAGUUCCGGAGUUUGUUCGCAUCCCAGGCCCAGAGGCAUGCUACGGGGCCAAGAACGUUGUGGAUGCACACAACGCUUGCGUUGGCAACCCGCCAUUCCCCUUCCUGGUGAACACAGGGGACUUCUUCGCUGGCAACGACGACCAGACUGGCCCUCUUUUCCAGGUCUAUGCCUUUUGCGGCUUCAUCGAGAUGCUGACGACUUUCGCCAAGUCCUGCAACGUCUCGAACAAGCCUGGCCUCACCUUGGAGACAGCAGGCGAUUACAAGCUCGGCACGAACUUCCUCCCUGAAGACCCCGUGAAGGCGAAGGAGAUGAGGCUCAAGGAGCUGAAAAACGGACGCCUGGCAAUGCUUGCCUUCGGUGGUGCCAUCACCCAGGCCACUCUGACCGGCAACGGCUUCCCCUGGCUUUACGCGCAGAAGGAGGAGUCCCGCAGCGGCUUUGGCGCCUCCGUGGCCAAGGCCUCCGGUGCGUUCGCUGCCGGACAUGGGCCAGCCACGCGCAGCAACGUGGCCAGGCAGGCUGGCUACAAGAUGAGUGCAGCCGUGCCAUUCCUCCCAAUGUCCCCGGCUCUGGAGGGAAUCCCAGGUGAGGAGGAGGGCUUCGACCCCAUGGGCUUCUCCCUGGCCUUCGAGAUUGGUUGGCUCCGCGAGGCAGAGCUGAAGCACGGAAGAGUUGCAAUGCUCGCCACCGUUGGAUGGAUCGCCACUGACCUCGGUCUGCGAGUGCCGGGUGAUGCUUUCCAGGUCUCCACUAUCGAGGCGCACGAUGCCAUGGUGAAGUUCGGCGGCAUGCCGCAGAUCCUUAUCUGGUGUGGACUGCUGGAGGUGCUAGGCCUCUUCGCGUAUGUGAACAUGCGAGAGGGCAAGACGGACCGUAAGCCUGGCGAUUUCGGCCUCCGGGGCUUCUACCCCAGCGACCCUAAGGGUCAGUACGACAUGCAGGUUAAGGAGCUGCGAAACGGCCGCUUGGCCAUGCUGGCAUACUCAGGCAUUGUGACCUCCGCCGUCCUCACUCAGGACAAGUGGCCUUUCUUUGACGUGGUUGUGAACUCUGUGGCCAACGCCCCGCAGGCCAGCAAGGGCUCUGCCUUCUGUGGCGCUGCUGCCCCGCAACGUGCUGGCGCGCGCACGGUCUGCCAGGCCUCUGCCAGCAAGAGCCUGCCUUUCCUGCCUAAGCCUGCAAACCUGGGCGGACUCAUCGGCGGUGAGGCCGAGUUCGAUCCCAUUGGGUUCUCUGACAUCAUCGAUAUCAAGUGGCUUCGCGAGUCGGAGCUCAAGCACGGACGCGUGUGCAUGCUGGCCACUGUGGGUUUCGUCGCGGAACAGUACUGGCAACUUCCCGGCUUCGAUGCCGCCCCUGAUGCCCUGCAGGCUGUCUGGGUAGCCCCCGCCAACGCCACCGGCGUUCUUCUCUUCCUCGCGGGCUACAUCGAGAGCGCCAGCUAUGGCGGCAAGAUCACCAUGCUGGACAUGUUCGAGGGCGACGGGGCCUCGCGCGCCCCGGGAGAUUUGGACUUCGGCAAGAAAUUCCUGCCCAACGACAAGGCGGCUGCUGACGAUCUGGCCCUGAAGGAGCUUACCAACGGCCGACUGGCAAUGUUGGCUUUCUCAGGCAUGGUCCAUCACAACCUGAUAGUCAAGGGCCCCCUCUUCCCGCUGUUCCCGGAGGGUUAUGAGGGACCCCAGGGCUCCUGGGACGUGGACUCUGUGGCGGGGGCGCUGAACAGCGGCCGCAUGGGUCUCUAA